AAAAGCAAUCGCAGAAAUCAACGUGCGUUGAUAAACCGCGGCCAUGUUUUCUUGCACUGUGACAAUUUAUGCUUAUGCUGAUGGACAAGUGACAGUCGUCUCCGCCGCCUAUACAGUUUCGCUUGGGUUAGCGAGGACUUGCUGGCUUCCGUUUUUAUUGAGGAAAAUGGAAACUUAGCGACAUAAAAGGGUGAUGAUGUGUUGUGGUAGGCUUAUUAGGGGACACUACUGACCGUUGCUGGAUCUCAGUUUUGUACAGCGACUCACCGAUAGGCCAGCACAAUGUUGUACCUUGAGGAUUACCUGGAGAUGAUAGAGCAUUUGCCGCAGGAGCUCCGGGAUCGUUUUACCGAGAUGCGUGAGAUGGAUCUUGCCGUUCAAAACAACAGUGAUACUUUGGCGAAACGUGCAAAAGCAUUAUUUGCACAAUGUCGCCACAAUGAGUUGUCUACUCCCGAUGCAGACGCCGAGUUCGCUAAUAUCAGGAACGACUAUUAUCGCGUAUUGGAAGAUGCGGAUGAAAAGGUCCAUCUGGCAGGUCAAAUGUAUGAUCUAGUUGACAGGUAUUUGCGUCGUCUCGACGCUGAGCUAUACAAGUUCAAGUGCGAGCUAGAAGCAGACCAUAACGGUAUUACUGAAAUACUGGAGAAACGUUCGCUUGAGCUGGAUAAUACUACAAGCAAUGGGAACACAAUUCAGAAAGAGAACCGAUUCUACGAUGCCCACGGUCCGUUCACCCCAUCGUCGACCAAUCGUGUCGAUAGUCGCCAUAAAGUGAAAUCAGAAAAGCGUCGUAAUAGCCAUGCUUCCUCUGGAUUUAGCUCAUUCGAAAAGCGUAUAGCAGGGUCAUCUACACCAUUAAGUAUUGGCUCGUCGUCUGCUGUGGCGAAUACGAGUUCGAGUACCACCGCACCCCAUGUACUGAAUCCAUCGACAGGUGGAUCCGUGACUUACAAUUUGCAGACAUUCGGUGCUGGAAAUGCUAUUGCAGCAGCAGCAUCUCAAGCAAUUGCUCAAACUCAGCAAAUGCAGCAAGGAAGGCGCACCGCUAGUUUGAAGGCGUCCUACGAAGCAAUCGGCGCUGCUGGAUCCCAUGAAUUACUGAUUAAUAGUGAAUUGGCUGGUGCAACCCAUAAUGCUAUACAAGCAGUAGAGCGAGAAUCGAGUGCCUUCUCAAAUCAGCGGCGCCAGAAAAAGAAGAAUCCUGCAACAGUUUCGACAGGAGCACUUCAAAUGCAGCAGUCAGUGAAUCCUCAAACUGCAGCAUUACAUCAACCAACGCCUCUAUUGCCACAACAACAAUCAAUUCAAGUGGAGCAAGCAUCAACUCAACAUCAACAGCAAUUGCUUCCUACACAUCAGCAUCAAAGCCAGCCAGCAACAAAUGUCUCAACUAUUCCUUCAUCAGUUGGCUCAGCAGCGCAGUUGCAAGUUCAAUCACAUUCAAAGGCGACAUCUCAUAAUAUGCAGUUGCCUCAAUCGGGACAAAUGCAACAAAUGUCUCUACAGCCACAGCAGCUGCAAAAAGCACAGCCACUGAGCCAGGGGCAGCUGCAGCAGCAACCAACUCAAUUACAGCAACAGCAGUUGAAGCAGCCGGCCCGAAAUCAGCUUACUCAGCCUCAUAUUGUUGGUCAAUCGACACAAUCAUUGCAGCAGCUUCCACAAAUACGGAAAAUACCAUAUGUACUCGGCACUUCAAUGGAUAAAAUGCGACGGCUGCGACAGGAUUUGGAACAUGGUUUAUUUAAAAAUCAAAAACAUGUAAACCAAAAACAACAAGUUAGACCUUUGGAGUCGGAAUCAUCUUCUUUGUUGCCGCAGCAACAAUCACAAUUGUUGCAACAGCAGGUGCCGAACCCUCCGCAACAGCACCUACAUGUUCAGGUGGCACAACCGCAUGUUAAACUUCAGCAAAAGCCUCAUAACCAACAGCCAAUCCAAAUUCAAUCGCAACAGCAACAGCCGACUUCGAAUUUAUCAUCAGUUGAACCGUCACUUCAACAAACGCAACAGCAUGUUCCACAAAUGAUUCACCAAGUACAGCAGACCUCGCAACUUCAGAUGCAACCGAUAUCGAACCAGCAGCAUCUAUCGAUAACACAGCAACACAUAAACCUGAUAAACCAGCAUCGAUUGCAGCAGCAGGAGCAGCAGCGAAUGGGGGCUUCGUCUUUAUCGACACCACUCCAAACGCAGCAACAUGUCAAGAAACAGGAGCAGCAGCUGCAACUGCAACAUAAAAAUCAGCAUAUUCUUCAACCACAAACACAGGGUCGUGCAUCGUCGUCCUAUCAGUCUCAGCAGCAGCAACAGCCUCAAUUGCAAUCGCAGACGCAGCAAUUGGUAAUGCAACAGCAACAGCCGGUACAGAUUGGGCAAAACGUGCAGCAACAACAACCACAUGCUCAGAUUGUUCAGCCUGUGCAGCAGCAACAAGUUGGGCAGCCGUCUUAUGCAACGCCAUCGACUACUUAUUCUCAAAUGCAACCAUUGCCACCAUUACAGCACCAGCAGGCAGUGGGACAAACAUCGAUGCAUGGCCAGCAAACCAGCGGCUUGAGUCCUAUGUCUUCGAUUGAUACACUAGAUUCUAUGCCUAGCGCAGCACUGGAAACCAUUGAUUCCGGGAUGGCUUUGGAACCGGAGAGCGAGUGGUCGUACGAUCCUAAUGAGCCGCGCUACUGCAUCUGCAAUCAAGUUUCAUACGGAGAUAUGGUAGCUUGUGAUAACGAAGGAUGUCCAUUUGAAUGGUUCCACUAUCCGUGCGUGAACAUCACUUCGUCGCCAAAGGGGAAAUGGUAUUGUCCACAGUGCAGCACUUCUAUGAAACGAAGGGGUUCACGGAAAAAUUAGUAAGCGGGCACACGUCAAAUGAAUGUGCACAUUUCUGCUAGAUUUACCGCCAAGUGGUAAUCUAUUAAACUAAAUUAAAUUAAAUCAAUAUGUAACAAUUGUAAAUAGCUGCGACUGUUGAGAAAAUGAGGCUUCUAAUUUUAAAUAGCAAUAGAAUACCAUCGCAUAAUUCAGUCAGAAUCUAGAACCUCAUUUAUGAUUGUGGCAUAUAUUGUACAGGGUCGCGCUGCGCCGCACCAUAAACAGCUUUUAUUCCAUCCGUAGGUAGUAUAUACUGUAUUUCAAAUUAUGUAUUCUAAUUUCUAAAGUUGAUCGAAAUAAACGUUGUAUGUUUGAUAUAAUCUAA